UGUACAAUACAAACGGAUUGUAUGUAUCAGUAGCAGUGCAAUUAACUGAUGAUUGAAGUUCGUGCUAACAUUGUAGACCGUGCGGUCUAUGUGUCUGGAGAGCGGUGCGUGUGCACAAUAUCUGUUACAAACCUUGACAAAGGACCGAGUGGACGACAUCAGACUCUGGCUUGGCUUAGUGCUCAGUUACACUGUCAAUGCCAGUUUAAUACUACUCUUCUCAAGAUGCCAGGGUUCGUGAGAACGAUGUCUUCGUCUGGGAAAGGGAGUGAUUUCGUUAGGUCUCCGCCAGACACUUCGUUUAUUCCUACUAAAGGUGAACCUGGGCUGUGUUCUGUCUCAACUGAUUCAACUGUUCUAGCAUGUGACAUCAGGCUAUCUCCUGGAGAAACCAAAAGAUAUACAUACACUGAAGUAAUUCCAGUGACAGCACCACCUUCUUACAGAGGGCAGAUGGUCAAAUAUAGCUACAAAGUUACUAUAGGCACACAGAGGAUCAACGAGCCUACAAAACUGCUUAAAGUUCCUCUUAGAGUAAUCAAACUCAAUAUAAAGGAGGAACAGGAGGAAGAGGAGGAGAAGGAUGAGGAAAGAAGAACACCGAUGACAAGUCCAUUUAUCAACGACAGCAGAAGCAAUGUUGUCAACAGAGCGUUGCAUCAAUUGCUUGCAUCUGCAUCUCUAAGGAAUACAAGAACGUAUAAUAUUGCCAGUAAGAAAGGGCCAGUUGUAAAAAUUAUUGUAAUGAAAGAAGCAUAUCGGUUGGGAGAGGAAAUAUCAGGAACUGUCGAUUUUUCUGCUGGAAGUAUUCUGUGUAAACAGAUAUCUGUUACUCUUCAGUCAGAAGAAAAAAUUCCAGAAGAGUGUUGGGUGAAUCAUACGAGAGUACAAUCAACAUGUAUUAGCCACACAAGGCACCAUGAAUGCUGCUUACACAGUUCAAGAGCACAGUUUAUGCUCCCGAUUCCCUUUACAGCGACACCACAGUUCUCAACAAAACUAGUUUCGUUGUCUUGGAAAUUACAUUUCGAGUUUCUUCUCUGCAGUCAGCAAACAACUGCAACCAGAACAACGGUUAGGCACAAACGAGUCAAAUCUACUGGCGAGAAGGCAGUAGUAGACUGUGAUAGUAGUAGUAAAGGAGUAGCUGAUAUUGUAACAGAUACUCUUCAAUGGGACCUUGCAAUAGAAGUCCUUCCAGCUCAUCCAGCACAAGUUGCAAGCACAAGUCCAGUAAAGUCACCGGUCACCAUUGUUUUAUAAGAAAGUUUUGUUGGUUUAGGUGAACUAGAAGAGUACUAAGACAUUUACGACAAUA